CUCUUGUUCGAUCCCCUGACGGAACCUGUGACCAUUGAUCAGCUGACAUCAUAUGACAGAGGCGCAGACGCUUGUAGUACUGUAUUGUGAACGGGAGCUGUCAAAAAAAUGACGAGUCUUGGUCACUUGGAGCAGGUGGCUGCUGUGCAACGGGACUAUAUUGCCCAACCACGUCUUUGUUAUAAGACUGUUACGGGUGUCAAUGGUCCCCUUGUUAUCUUGGACGAUGUCAAGUUUCCAAAGUUUGCCGAGAUUGUCAAUCUGCACCUCGCUGAUGGCACUGAACGAAAGGGACAAGUGUUGGAAGUGAGCGGCUCUAAGGCUGUUGUUCAGGUAUUUGAAGGAACCUCUGGUGUGGAUGCCAAGCACACUGUGUGUGAAUUCACUGGUGACAUCUUGAGGACUCCAGUGUCAGAAGAUAUGUUAGGUCGUAUUUUCAAUGGUUCUGGCAAGCCUAUAGAUCAGGGUCCCACGGUGCUAGCAGAGGACUAUCUUGAUAUUCAGGGUCAGCCCAUCAACCCCUGGUCCCGUACCUACCCAGAGGAGAUGAUUCAGACGGGUAUCUCUUCAAUUGAUGUCAUGAACUCCAUUGCUAGAGGGCAGAAGAUCCCCAUCUUCUCUGCUGCUGGUCUACCUCAUAACGAAAUUGCUGCUCAGAUUUGUCGUCAAGCUGGUCUGGUCAAGGUACCCGCAAAGGGUGUACUUGAUGACCAUAAAGACAACUUUGCCAUUGUUUUUGCUGCUAUGGGUGUCAACAUGGAAACUGCCCGUUUCUUCAAGCAGGACUUUGAAGAAAAUGGCUCUAUGGAGAAUGUGUGUCUCUUCUUGAACCUUGCCAACGAUCCAACCAUUGAACGUAUCAUCACCCCACGUUUAGCCUUGACUACGGCCGAGUACUUGGCGUACCAGUGUGAGAAACAUGUUCUCAUUAUUCUCACCGACAUGUCUUCAUACGCUGAGGCCUUACGUGAGGUAUCUGCUGCCAGAGAAGAGGUACCUGGCCGUCGUGGUUUCCCUGGUUACAUGUACACAGAUUUGGCUACUAUUUAUGAACGUGCUGGUCGAGUUGAGGGCCGUCAGGGUUCUAUUACACAGAUCCCUAUUCUCACGAUGCCUAAUGAUGAUAUUACCCAUCCUAUUCCUGAUCUGACGGGUUAUAUCACAGAGGGCCAGAUUUAUGUUGAACGUCAGUUACACAAUCGUCAGAUCUAUCCUCCCAUCAAUGUACUACCAUCACUUUCUCGACUUAUGAAGUCUGCUAUUGGAGAAGGAAUGACUCGCAAGGACCACUCUGAUGUUUCCAAUCAGCUGUAUGCUUGUUAUGCCAUUGGCAAAGAUCUCCAGGCCAUGAAAGCUGUAGUGGGCGAAGAGGCUUUGACCUCUGAUGAUUUACUUUACCUCGAGUUCUUGGGGAAGUUUGAAAAGACAUUCAUCUCACAAGGAUCGUAUAUGAAACGUACUGUCUUUGAGUCGCUGGAUAUUGGGUGGCAGUUGCUUCGUAUCUUCCCCAAAGAAAUGCUCAAACGUAUCCCAGCUUCUACACUUGCAGAAUUCUACCCCCGUGACCGACCACAGUAAGAUGCAAAAAGAUGCAGUUCAGUAUUUGUGGUUUUGAUUAUACUUUUAAAAUUAAUGGUUGUACAUUUGUCAAAAGUAUAUUUUUGUUUACCGCUGUGCAAAUACAUGAAAGAACUUUAUUUUGGGGCUUAAAGCAAACUUUGAAGACAUUAUACGAGUCUAAUCAUGAUGGAAAUAAAUUUUAAGAAAUUAAAAACGGUUUUAGACAUAUUUUUUAAAGGUGAUGUAAGUUUCCAUUGUUAUAGGGGGUAGUUUUAAUCUUAUAUUGCCCAAAUAGGAACUAUUGUAGUUAAUUAAUAAAAUUAAAUUUUUUUGGCCUUAUGAUUGAUUUGUUAUUUAAUAAAUUUAGUUCCAUAUGUAAGUGUUUUUACAGUACUUACCUUGUCAUAAUUCAUGGACGCAGGUGACUUAUAGUAAUUUGGGUACAGACCUUCAACUGUUCAUCAUAACCUGAGUGGCAGCAUUCUGCCUUGGUUCCAUAACAUAUUGGCAGCAGCACUGCUUGAUCUAAUUAUAAAACGAGAACAAUUAGUGGAAAUAUAUUUGAUUUAAAUGCUGUCUUGCAAGGGUGGUCAUUGGGGAUAAAAAUGAAAAUUUCUUAAUGUGCAUAUUAAAGAUUAUGGUACCAAUGCAGCUAACAGGACAAACUUUCACCAUGUUAUGAGUUGGAGGUUUUUUGUAAGUAUAUUCCUGUAGGUUGUAAACAUUUUCUUGAUAUGCUGUUGUUACUUAGCACAACUCAUUAGAAAUAUGGUGCGGUUGUUGUAUAUAUAUGUAAUAGUAGAGCAGUUAUGUUGUGAGCAUAAUAAAUAUAAAUGGUUUUUCAGGCUAGAGUGAAUCUUUGGUAAAAAACGUGUUAAUAUACAUUCCAAGGACUUGCCACAGCUGCUCCCAGUUAUUUAAGAGAUAAUACUUUUAAUUCAUUGUACUACUGUGUGUUGGCCUUGUGUAUAAUAAUGUAUGUGGAGUACAUUUGGAGACAUGUAUGUCUUUUGUCAGAAUUACAGCAUUGUUGUAAAGUUGUGGAAAUAUUGACUAUUGUCUCCAAUAAAAUGUAUCAUAGCUA